AUGCGAAAUGUCGCUUCCUUUGACAAAAGCAAGAAUGGGGAUAAUGUUGAUGUUAAUGGCAAUGAUAACAUGGAUGACAAUGUCGAAGACAAUAUCGAUGCCAAUAUUGCUGAUAAUGUCGAUGUUAGUGACGACAAAUCAGUGGAGUUGAAUUACUUGUUUCUUUUUUAUGGGAUUGGCGUCAAGAGACAUUGCUGUCACAAGUCCACGUCUCCAAAUACUAUACUAGUGUUGCCUGAAGCAUCCAGCCCUCGGGAAAAUCCCCUUGCACUCUGGCCAGGAAUGAGAACCAGCGGUGGCAACCUGAUUCAGGCUUUUACUGUCUCUUUCUUGAACCCUGCAGCGCAGCUCAGCAUUACUCCUCCCUCCAGCCAGAACCUCCAACCCCUUCUGCAAAUACGGCCCUACAACCGGAAUAUUGCCCGCAAACUGCCCAAUCGUGAUCAGGAAAUCGCCAAAGAGGAUAAACAACCCGUAUAG